AAGCGAAUAUCUGAUGUCCUCUCUCACACGAGGACGUGUAGAGUGAACGUGUCAGUGGGAGAUUUUUACUGGGUGUCUUAUUCUUCACAGAUCUGAUCAUGUCUGCGCCGUGGGCGGCGCGCCAAGGGGAAGUGGGUGAUCUGGGCAGCAAGAGUAAAGACCAGCUCAUGGAGAUGCUGUCAAGACAAGAAAAGUUACUGUCUAAUAAGAGAUUUAUUCAGACCCUUCCAGAUAAGGGAAAUAAGAUUACCGGCUUUGUGGAGAAAGUACACCUUGCACUUGGACAUCUGGAGGAGGAGGAGAGAAAACAAGCACGUUUAAUCUCUAUCCGGAUGGAGUUUCAGAGUAAAUAUCAGCAUGCCCUAGCCAAGCGAAGCACAGAGACACAUUUAGACUCCAAUUUGGAUAUGAUUAUCCCAUCCCUCGACAGAAACAAAGCCAAUGUCAAUAUCGAUGCGGCUAACAUAAAAGAAAAUGGUGGUUUGUUGGGCCAAGCGGAGUCUUUGACAUCCCAGCCGGAGGAUGCUGAAACACUAGAAACAGCCGGUGGGAAUGCAGCAGCCUCACCGAUGAAAGAGCUUGUGGUGGCAUUUGAACAAGUAACUCUUGAUGAAAGUAACAAUGGCUCCAACCAAGACACCAUUAAAACCUUGCUUCCUAGUAAGCAACAGAAGAAACCACAUUACAUAGAAAUUCUGGAGAAGACAGAGAAAAGUGUGAAUAUGAGGAAGCACAGAUUCAAACCAAACCAGUUAGCUGUAAAAUCUGAGUCUCCAUCACCUAGUCAGGCCUCUGGCAGCCGCACACCACUUACUGCAGAGGCCAGAAGACAAAGAGACCUAAAACACCUGGAUGACAUCACUGCGGCUAGGUUUCCACCCCUGCACCACAGUCCUGCCCAGCUGCUGUCAUUAGAGGAGUCGGCUGACCUUCUGCAGGAGCAGACCAGAAAACACCUGGAGUUGCAGGCCAAACAAGCUGCCCAGAAGCUGGCAGAUGGUCUGAGUUUUAAGACGGAGAGUUACAAACCAGAAGGAGGCCCACUGACAGCCUACAGAGAGGAGCAUGAUGAUGGGGCCCAGCUUUCCUCAGAGGAGGACUGAUCGUGGGGCCCUAGAGGGAGGGCACUGGCUUGUUGAUGUGUUUGGCCCCAUGCCCUGGACCAGAUCUAGGCCUAGAGCCCAUGCUUCAGGACCCUGGAGAGAGGCUUCCAGCCUGAGGACAAGAGAAGGGCUCAUCAUGAACUGCAUGGACAAUGUCUUCGAUUCUGCCUUUGAAGAUAAAUAACUGCAGGUUGAAUCAAGUUGAGAGUUAUUGUGUGAAAACCAACCGUUUUUGCAUGUGGAAAUGUUUCUGUUCAACAGUAACAGAUUAUUUUGGCAAACUAAUGCCAAAAACCUGAAACCUCGGCAGGUCUACACCUGUUGUCUUGUAUAGAAUAAUAUAAUUACUUAUACUUAUCAGCCAUACGUUCAAGGGUGUAGUUCAUGUGCUAUUAUAAAGAUAUUAAUAGAAUAUUUUUGUAUGACCUUUCUUAAUGUUUAUUUAAUAAACCCUCUGA